AAUGCCCUUCCCCUUCACUACAUUUCUCCUUCUCCUCUUCCUACCCUUUGUGGCUUCUUCUAAUUUUUCGUUGCCUGCGCUGGACUCGGUUCGGUUGGCGCAGACCGGGGUUAGGGAAGCCAUAACCGAAAUUGGUAAUUUAAAACGACGUCAGUUUGGAGAUUGGAAUCUGCAGGCCGCGCUUCGUGAUUGCGCUACGCUCUAUGAGGAGGCCGAGUGGCGGCUCGCGGGGAUGUUGGUUGGAGAGAAUAAGUAUAGGGCGGAAGAUGGUCGGAUGUGGGUCAGCGCCGCCAUGGCUAACCAUCGGAGUUGUUUGGAUGGGUUGGAAGAGGUCCACGAUGUGGCGGCGGUGGAUGGGAAUAACUUGACGGUGAUGCUCACUGGAGCUCUGCAUUUAUACGAUAAGAUUGCUGCCGUGGAGAAGCGGAACGGACGGAAAAGAUUGGGGAAACGGAAAUGGAGGGAAAACAGAGGAACCAACUUGGCAACGUGGAAUCCGGCGACGUCGAAGGCGAACUAUGUGGUGGCGAAGGAUGGAUCCGGCACCCACAGAACCAUAAACAGGGCGGUGGCGGCUCUGGCGAGAAGUGGACGGACACGGCGAGGAGGGAGAAUUGUGAUAUACGUGAAAGCUGGAGUUUACAGGGAGAAUGUGGAAAUUGGAAUACAGUUGAAGAACGUCAUGCUUGUCGGCGACGGCAUAGACAAAACCAUCGUCACUGGUAGCCGCAAUGUACCCGACGGCGCCACCACUUAUAACUCAGCUACAUUCGGCGUUUCCGGCGACGGGUUUUGGGUGAGGGACAUAACAUUCGAGAACACCGCCGGACCGGGAAAGCAACAAGCGGUGGCGCUACGGCUCAAUUCCGACCUUGCCGUCGUAUACCGGUGCGCAAUAAAAGGCUAUCAAGACACCCUCUUCCUCCACUCCCUUCGCCAAUUCUACCGCGACUGCAAAAUCUAUGGCACCAUCGACUUCAUCUUUGGCAACUCGGCCGCCGUCCUCCAGAACUGCGAAAUCUUCGUCCGACAGCCGAUUCUUCACCAAGCCAACAUGAUCACUGCCCAAGGCCGCGACGAUCCGGCAGAGGCCACCGGAUUUUCGAUCCUCAACUCCAGAGUCCAGCCGGCACCGGAAUUUUCCCCCGUAAAGGCUCAGUACAGGACGUACCUCGGGCGGCCCUGGAAGCGGUUUUCGAGAACGGUGGUAAUUGCGACGGAUCUGGACGGGUUGAUUGAUCCGAAAGGGUGGGGAGAAUGGACAGGGGAUUUUGCGAUUUCGACUCUGUUUUAUGCAGAGUUUAAGAACAGGGGCGACGGUUCUUCGACGAGAUUUAGGGUAAAUUGGCCGGGAUUUCACAUCCUCCGUUCCGCGGAGGAAGCGCGGCCUUUCACGGUGGCUGAGUUUCUUCACGGCGGCGAUUGGAUUCCGGCUACCGGCGUUCCUUUCGAGGCGGGAGUUUGAUUUUUAAGGUCAUAUAAAAUUUUAAUAAAGUAUUUAAUUGUCUUUUUUGUUACAUUUUAAA